ACUUGCCAUCUGAUUGCAGAAGUUAAAAUAAAAUCCUAGUUCUCCCUGUUCUUGCUCGCAUUGUGAUCGCGAGACAAUCUCAAUCGAAGGGAGAAGAAGGGAACCGAGUUAACCGUUUUCUUGAUAGAGAUGGCUGGGAGAGCUCAGAUCCCUACUAAAAACUCUGCCCUAAUAGCCAUGAUCGCCGAUGAGGACACUGUAGUUGGAUUUUUGAUGGCUGGAGUUGGUAAUGUUGACCUACGGAGGAAGACGAAUUAUCUCAUCGUGGAUUCAAAGACAACUGUGAGACAAAUUGAGGAUGCCUUUAAGGAGUUCACUACCAGGGAAGACAUUGCUAUCGUCCUCAUCAGCCAAUACGUUGCCAACAUGAUAAGGUUCUUGGUUGAUAGCUACAACAAACCAGUUCCAGCAAUCUUGGAGAUUCCUUCCAAGGACCAUCCAUAUGAUCCUGCCCAUGACUCUGUUCUCUCCCGUGUCAAGUACCUAUUCUCUGCUGAAUCCGUAGCUUCUGAUAGGCGUUGAGCUUAUAUGCAGUUCUCUCUGCUCACCCGAGUGUACCCUGAAUUCUCUCUCACCUGAACCUGCUCUAUUACCAUUUGUUUCUUGGCAUUCUUCCAUUUCCUUCACAACCCACCAAAGUUUUCAAUAAUGUGAAACUCUGUUUAUUUGUUGGUAAAUGGAUGGCAACACCGUUUUGUUU